AUGUUUCAGAUAUCCAGGCUCGAAGAUGCGAACGUCAAGAUCCUCCCCGAGAACCUCGGUAAGCCUCGGCUGGAGGCAAUCACUCAGGAGAUCGAGUCGCUGUACAUAGACAAAGUCAUCAAGGACCUCGGCCUGGUAAUCACGCUGUACGAAAUCGUCAGCAUCGAGGGUGGGACGGUGUACCCUGGCGAGGGAAGCGCGCACUUCAAGGUGGAGUUUCGCGUGGUUGUCUUCCGUCCGUUCGUCGGCGAGAUCAUAGAGGGCACGCUGAAGAAGGCGGACAAGACGGGGUUGUACGUCGACAUAGGGUUUUUUAGCGACAUCUUCGUCCCCGAGCACCUUAUGCAGGAGCCCUCGGUGUUCGAUGAGGACGAGCAACUGUGGGUGUGGAUGUACGAGGACGCGAAGAUGUUCAUGGACCUAGAGGAGCCGGUCAGGAUCCGCAUUCAGGGGAUUAAGUUCCCGGACCAGCCGAGGACGUCAGACGAGCUGGUGGGGAGGACCGCGCUCGAAGGGGCGACGCCGGAUGGGACUUUCGCGCCGAUGGUGGUCAUGGCCGACAUCAACGCGGAUGGGUUGGGUCUCAUCUCGUGGUGGAAGCAGUGA